UUUGUCGGUAAUUUAAAUGAUCAAUUUAGUACGGUGGAUUCGCUUGUCAAUAAUAUUUAAUUGUUGAUGAGAAUCCGCUCCUCAUUGUUAAAUUAAAUCUGUGUAUCUAAACAACAGCGACAUAUUUAAAAUAGGGUGCUAAAGAAAGAAUGCAGAACGGAGAAAGAAUAGCUGUCCUUAAUAACUACAAUCAAAAGGAGAGCGCUCAGCACAAAUCCAGAGAUAACAACGUCAAAUUUGGACAAAACAGCUCUAGAUACUUUGCGGAGUUUUGUGGAUCGACCAGCAUACAUGGACUCAAAUAUUUAAGAGAACGCGACCGUUAUGUGAUCGAAAAAAUAUGGUGGAUCAUAGUAGUUUCCAUAGCGACAGUCGGAGCGUUUUCACUUAUUUACAAAACGUACAUGAAGUGGACCACCUCGCCCAUAGUGGUAACUCUUGCCAAAACCGAAACGCCCAUUUGGAAAAUUCCCUUUCCGGCCGUCACAAUAUGUCCCGAAUUGAAAUCUAGCCCAACCGUCUUCAACUGCACGGACGUCUACCUGAAGUAUCUCAACAACUUGGAGACUACCGAAACCGAGAGGGAGAACUAUGAACUCUUCUCCUUGAUAUGCGAUUCGAAAUUAAAAUUUCUGGACGGGAACACUACCGAAUUUUUCAACGAGACGCAAAUACAUCAUUUAGUGAAGGAUCUGCUGCUAGAUCUCACGGCCGGAUCAUGCAAAUGGCUGGGCGUGGAAUUUAAUUGCAGUAGUGAGCUCAGACCACUGCUAACCCUGGCGGGAUUGUGUCGAACUUUCAACCUGUUGGACUUCUCCGACAUGUUCGACGAAGAAACUGAGGAUAUACUGAACACGCCGAGGGACUACCACAAAAAAAUUCGUGAGUGGUCGUUGGAGAGCGGUUACCACUCAUCGGCGUCCAUCGACACCUACCCCAGAAGGACGACACUUCCCGGCAUCAAAUCCGGAUUCCAGGUGGAUCUGUACGUGCACGACGACGAUAUUGACUACACCUGCGGGGAGUUGCAGGGCUUUACGGUUUCUUUGCACCAUCCGGGCGAGUCCCCGGAUUUGGUUAACUUCUUCCGGGUACCUUUGGACCAAGUCGUGAUCGCUGGGGUAAAACCGAAUAUGAUAAAGACCUCGACGGACCUUAGCAAAUACGCGCCUCAUGUAAGACAGUGUUACCUUCCGGGAGAGAAGCAAUUGGACUACUUCCAAAUUUACACUCAGCGCAACUGUAUUAUGGAGUGUUUACACAAUUACAUACUGAAAACGUGCGGGUGUAUUACUAUGAACAUGCCGUAUGAGGACGAUACCAAGUUCUGUGGACCGGCGAAGAUGGAUUGCGUCGACUACGCCCACGUACAUUUUAUGGAGGAAGAGAUUCGGAUGGAAAUCGACAAAGACUCGGAGGAUGACACGAAUUACUGCGGCUGCCUACCGCCCUGCACCUCCCUGGAAUUCGACGCCGAAGUAUCGCAGACCGACUGGAACUGGCGCAAAACUCACAGUCUAAGGAACGAAAACGCGAAACCGCCCAACUUCGACUUCGAAAAGGGUCAUUUUUCGAGAUUAACGGUUUUCUAUCGCGAGAUGCAGUUCCUGAGCUCGGAAAGGCACGAGGUGUAUGGGCACACUGAGUUUUGGGCCAACUGCGGCGGUCUGCUCGGCUUGUUUUUGGGCUUCUCGUUUACCUCGGCCAUGGAGAUUCUGUACUUUUUAACUUUAAGGCUGAUUUGUAACAUUCUCAAAUUUGGAAAGAAAGUCUGGUCGGGCGCUCCCGAGUUAUUGGAGAAACAAAAAAAUAGUGAAUAA